UAAAUCAAUCAAUGUUCAUGAAAAAAUAGUUUAGGGUCAAUGAGUGGUUGCUGUGGUAGUCACGUACUUUUUUGUUGUUGAUGUCCUGAACAUAACGUUCUGUUCUUUAAUAAUUACCUAAUCGUAAAUAUUUCCAAAUAUAAAUAAAUAAAAGGUCUCAUACUAAUCCUAUUAGUAUAUCACUGUUACCUUGGUAGUAAUCGUAAGUCUGUUAACAUUUGAGGAAUUCAAUGUCCCUCGAGGGAUUAUGUAAUACCAGGACUGUUGAAUAGAGAGCUCAUUACUGAGGGGCAGCCUUUUGUGUUGCUCUUCAUGUUGCAUAAGAACAUAUGUUCUUGGAGGAAAUACACCCUGGGGUAUAACUGUGUGUAUUUUGCCCAGCCAUGUGUCUGUUGCGUGCCUUGUGGCAGCCGCGUGAGUUUAUGUCGAGUUGUGUUAGUGCAGAGCCGAGUUGCCGGGGCUGUGUCACACAGAAGGGAGUCACCACGAGAGGGAGGGACUUAGGCUGCAGCACAAUGCUGGUGUUUGUGCAACGGCCCCUGAGUGGCGGCCGGCUCUCUCAGAUCGCUCUCGCUUGACUACCAUUGCUGCACGCAUUGUUGAAGUGAAAGGAAAGUGGACAGCUUGAUCCUGUCUGUGGGAUACGCCGACAGAGGCUGUGGAGGAUUCACGAUUGGGUUUUGGUGUGAGGUACAACAAAGCAGAAAGGCUGACCAGAAGACACAGAUCUAACUUUGGCGGUUUUGGCCACAACGGAAAGAAAGGGCGCGGGCCAGGGGGACGAAGGCGGUCGGUUGAGCCACAAUAAAAGAAGCGGGGAGGUGCAUUUGUGGCGUGGGCGGGCAGGUGAGGGUUAAGCUGCGGUGACAACUUUGGGGGCGGCGGACCAAAGUGUGGGAGGAAAGAGGAAGAGGAAAAAGAAGACGAAGAGGAGGGAUAGGUAAAGGAGGAGGAGGAGUGGUCUUGGGCCUGCAGCCCAAACCGAAACAGGAUGGCGGAGAAGAAAGUGAGCCUCCCUGCUAAGCUGAUUAAUGGGGGCGUGGCAGGCCUGGUUGGUGUGACAUGUGUCUUUCCCAUUGACCUGGCCAAGACCCGCUUACAGAACCAGCAGGGCGUCCCAGUCUACAAAGGAAUGAUGGACUGCCUGGCAAAGACGGUCCGCUCGGAGGGUUAUUUUGGAUGUUACAGAGGUGCAGCCGUGAACCUCACUCUGGUGACGCCGGAAAAAGCCAUCAAGCUGGCAGCCAACGACGUCUUCAGACAGAAGCUCUCUAAGGACGGUCAUUUACCCCUGUGGGGAGAAGUGCUGGCCGGCUGUGGGGCUGGGACCUGUCAGGUGGUCGUCACCACGCCGAUGGAGAUGCUCAAGAUCCAGCUGCAGGAUGCAGGAAGGCUCGCUGCCCAGAGGCCCGGUCCAUCUGCAGCUCAGGCGGCUCAAACCCUGGCGGCUCCGCCCCCUCCACCUCGGGCCUCGGCCACCAGCAUCACGGUGGAGUUGCUGAAGACUCGCGGACUUGCGGGCCUCUACAGGGGGGCCGCAGCUACCUUAAUGAGGGACGUCCCCUUCUCAAUGAUCUACUUCCCGCUGUUUGCCAACCUGAACGCGCUGGGCCGGGAGAGAGUGGGUGACGGGCAGGUUCGGGCGCCAUUCUGGCAGUCCUUCAUGUCCGGCUGCGGCGCCGGCUCGGUGGCAGCUGUGGCUGUGACGCCAUUGGAUGUCAUAAAGACUCGUCUGCAGACUUUGCAAAAAGGUGACGGCGAGGAGACGUACAGAGGGAUUGUUGACUGCACACGGCGCAUCAUGACGCGGGAGGGCCCAUCGGCGUUCCUGAAGGGCGCGGCGUGCCGCGCUCUGGUGAUCGCGCCUCUCUUCGGCAUCGCGCAGGGCGUCUACUUUCUCGGGGUCGGGGAGACGCUGCUCGGUCUGCUGGGAUAGCGUUGCUUGGCACUGGUGGCGGUUUUUCGUGUGGUCUCUGCUGCUUUAAUCUGCAGUGAAUGAAUGACACAACUGAGAGAACGCUGAAUACAGAGAGGGGGGGGAAUACGGCCGCCAUCUGGAAGAGGACUGGUCUGGCAUAUGAAGAGGGGCUAUUUACUAAUAUGUGGACCAAUGGGACCGCAUCACUAAUCAAGCUUCUCUAGGGUCUUACAUGCUGACAUGAACAGGGGUCCGUAGGUCAAACAGGGUCCCUGCUAUGUGUGUGACUAAUCUGAGGAUGGUUCAGGGUGCUCCCGGGUGCUCGCUGCAUUCCGUCUGGCGCUGUUCAUUUCACCUAAAAGGGAUUAUUGGGUCUGGUUAAGAGAGAGCUGCUGCAUGUUGUUUGAGGCCGGCCAUUUGUAAUAUAGUAAUGACGAAAAACUGUGCACCAUCCCAUGUAAGUGACAAAUCCCCCCUUUUAAAAUCUUUUUUCAAAAGCGCAGAUGGCAUCACAUUGAAUGUCAAGAGUCUGAACAUGUGUCAAAAAUGAAAUUUACAAUAUAAUGUUUGAUGUGUUUGGAAAAUGAGUUUAAUCUCCUUCUGCCUACCAUGUAACACGUCCCCCCCUCUCCAUCCGCGAGGUCCGAGUUGUAAUCUUGGAUUCCUUCAGUGGAUUGGGAGGUGCUGGCUGCCAGAAACUCUAAGGUCAGUUGUUAAUCUGAAGGUAAUGCUUUAAUCCCGGCAUUACGGGACAAUAUACCCUCACACACAGCUCACUUCCUCUUCUCCCCAGUGUGUCAGGGUUAAAAUAUAAAUAAACCAUCUAUUACUGCUUAGCUACACAUACAAAUACAUUGCUUCAAACGAUGUGCGCAGAAGAACUGAAGAAAAGAAAAAUGCAAUUAAAGCCUUACGAUUGCUGGUAGUUUAUAAAUGAUCUAAACUGUAUGUCUUAAAAGAAGUCGUGGAAUUGGGAGUUUUGAUUUUGUAUUUGAGUCCAACUUAACGAGGACAAUUAUGUGUGUCAGACCCGUGGAGGGAGUAGGGCACCUUGUCUUGCUAACUGUAUGACAUUUCUGAAGUCCACUGGGUGGCACUAAAAUAAAAAAUGUUUUAACAUUUUUAAUGGAAGACACAUUUUGAUGUGGCUGUGGUACCUCGGCUACUACAUUGUCAUCACUGUAGAGAACAUUACCUGAGUAAAAUGUGUGUUUACAAGCUGUAAAUAAAGAUAUCUCAUACAUGCUCA